AUAUAUUUAAAUAAUUUAUAUUAUGUCUUGAAUCGAAUUUUAUAUGUAAUGAAUAUUUUAACAAUCCAGUUAUGUAAACAUAAGCAGAUAGUAAGUUACUUUUCAUUUACAUGCUAAUUGUUCUAAUUUCUUGGAUACCGUUGUACAAAAUUUAAAGUAGAAUUGUAUGUAUUUUGAACAGUUAUAAUUUGAAAGAUGUUCCGUAUAGUUUGGUUCACAAUUUUUUUUUUUGGAAAUUACGUUAAUUGUCGAUUAGAUAAUGAUAAUAUUAUUGAAAUUCAAAAUUCAAUGACUCGUGGAAGAUUUUUCCCGCUAUUCAGUGUUAUUCGUUUUGCAAACUCACAAUGCCUUGCUAGCAACAAUUUAAAUGGUACCUGUUUUACUAGAAGAGAAUGUCGUGAUUAUGGUGGAACACCAUCUGGUACCUGUGCAAAUGGACAUGGCAUUUGUUGUGUUUUUCAAAAAACGUGUAGUUCCACAACAAAUGUAAAUAAUACAUAUUUUACAAAUUCAGAAUAUCCAACAACUUAUGAAGGACAAGGUCGAUGUACAAUAACAGUACAACGUUGUAAUUCAAAUAUCUGUCAACUACGUUUGGAUUUCUUGGAAUUUACUCUUGCUUCACCAAAUGCUAGCGGAAUUUGUGAUUUUGAGUUUCUUUUAGUUUCUGGAUCUGGAAGUAUAGUACCUCGAAUUUGUGGAGAAAAUGCAAACCAACAUUUAUAUAUAGAUUUCAAUGGUGACACACCCAUUAUGAUAUCAGUUGAUACUAACUCUAAAUAUAAAGAUCGUUGGAAUAUAAGAAUUCAACAAUUACCUUGUGAUUCUACAUAUAAAGCUCCAAAUGGAUGUUUGCAGUAUUAUGAUAGUGUCUCAAAUACUGUAACAAGUUUUAACUAUGGCACAACACAAAAUCCAAGAGGUAUUAUGAUUAAUUUAUAUAAAGAAUAAUUAUAUAAAUAGUUA